UUGGCCAUUUCUUGUUCAUGAAAAGCAGAAAUCCUUUUUGCUGCGCAUACAAUACUUAAAGUUUGAAGAACAGACCAAAGCACAGUUGUUUGCGAAACCUGUUCCAACACACAGGGUAUAUGAAGUGUCAAAAAUAUCCACUUCCUCUUGUCACUUCCUCUCAUCUAGAGCCAGUCAGACCACUCUUACGGAUGUGAGCCCUAUCACCCUGCAGUUCUUCCCUGGUGUCCCACUGAAGCUAAGCAGCAUUGAGCCUGGUCAGUACCUAGAUAGGAGACCUCCUGGGGAAAACCAAGGUUGCUGAUGGAAGUGGUAUUACUGAGGCCAGAAGGGGGCGUUAACCCUGUGGUCUGUGUGGGACCUAAUGCCCCAGUAUAGUGACGGGGACUCUAUACUGUAAAAACAUUACAAAACUGGGGAUCUGGCAACCUGAAGUGUCACUGAGGAAGCAGCACCCUUCGAGCUAACGCUAUUACAUUAAUUUACAUUAAUUUCUUCUAAACUCUAUACUUUAAAAUUAUUUACCUUACGUUAUACAAAUAUAACUGACACCACGUUAAAUAAAACAAUCGUAACGUUGCGCUGUCGCAAAUUUGAUCUGUAUUCUGUUUUGUUUUUUACAAAACAUCCGCGACUAGCUUGUAGCCUGUAGCCCGCUAGCAUCACCUACCGCUAGCCUUGUUUACGUUUCACAUUUCUCACUUACCGCUGUUCUGUUUUUAAAAAACAAACAAACAAACAAACAAACAAAUAUGUCUGCUGUCUCUCCGGUUUUGAGUGCAGAUGAAGACUCGCUUGAGCUUCACAUGGUGCGGCUGGAACUGGAGGAUGUGGAGAAGCAGAUCCGCGGCCUACUCGACAAGCAGGCCCAGCUGCUGGAGCGACAAACUGCACUGGAAACAUCUUGUGCCUCUGCUCACAUAUCCAAGGUAAGCACACAGCGUGGUAUUUCCACUCCCAGCCCCUCUACGCCGUGUGUUUCUCUGUGCAGGGACCGUGCACCUAGGACUUUCCCAGCCGUGGUCUCCAUCACGCCAGCGCCAACACACCUCGGGCCUUGGGUGAACCAGCGGCGAAAGGCGCGGGCUGGACCUUCUCCACCUCCGGUGUUCGAGAUUCCAACCAGGAACCGCUUCGCCCCUCUCCGCCAGUCCAGACCCAACACUGUGAUCGUCGGGGACUCCAUUGUGCGGAACGUCCGUGUAGCCUCAUCUAAAGGUAAGGUGCGCACACACUGUUUUUCUGGUGCUUGUGUCCUUGAUGUCGCUGCGCAGGUAUCCGGGAUCCUGAAGAAGGACGAGCGCAUUGGAGCGGUUGUGCUGCACGCGGGGACGAACGACACCAGGCUGCGGCAGACGGAGGUUCUGAAGAGGGACUUCUCCAGCCUGAUUGAGACGGUAUGAGGCAGAUCACCUACCGCGAAGAUCAUCGUCUCUGGACCUCUUCCCACAUACAGACGUGGAGCAGAAAAGUUGUUUCGUCCUGAUGGCCUGCACCCCAGCAGCCUUGGAGCGGAACUGCUUUCAGACAACAUUUCCAAGGCGCUACACUCCAAGUGACUGCCUACCGUAAGUACAUCUUCCAAUAAUAACAUUCAGUAUAAUCAAUGUUCAACUAAAAAUCCGGCAAAGGUAAUACAUACUAUAGAGACUGUGUCUGUUCCCCGAGCUAUUCAAAUAUAUAGAAAAUCUCGGAAAGUCGAUCUUCGUAACCUAAUUAACAUAAAAUUAAAUCAUAUUGAAUGCACAGCCAGCACUUUUGAUCUGAGGCUAGGACUAUUAAACAUUAGAUCUCUUGCGUCUAAGGCUCUUAUUGUUAACGACAUCAUUACUGAUCAGGAAUGUAAUUUAAUGUGUUUAACGGAAACUUGGAUUAAACCAAACGAGUACACAGCAUUAAAUGAAGCCAGUCCUCCUGGACACAGUUAUGUACAUCAGCCUCAUUCAACUGGUAGAGAAGGAGGUGUUGGACUCAUCCAUAGUCAAAAUCUAGUCGUCACACAAAA